AUCAUGACCAACCACAGCCUCAGAAAGGAGAAUGUGUACGUGCCAAAAUCAAGGGAGAGUCACAAGUUUGGGAGCUGGCUCCAUGUGAAACUCUUUUACCAUUUAUAUGUCAUAUUAAGUCAUGCCAUAGAGAUUCCUUCCAUUGCAACAAUGGCCACUGCAUCAGUAAAAAGUUCUUGUGUGAUGGUGAAGAUGAUUGUGGUGAUCAGUCAGAUGAAAUGGAUUGUCCAGCUUCUUGCCACUUUCAUCUGCAAAGUUCUGGGGAUGCAAUUCAAUCCCCCAAUUAUCCAAAUCGUUAUUUUGCCAAUUCAAAUUGUAAAUGGACGUUAGAAGGACCAAUUGGUACUGGUAUUGUUCUUCAGUUUUCCGAUUUUGACACUGAAUCCAGUUUCGACACUGUUCAAAUCCAAGUUGGUGGACGCACCGAAGAGAAGAGUGUGUCUUUAGUUACAUUGUCGGGCAAUAAAGAUGUAUCAUCUAUGACUUACACAACAGCUUCCAAUCUUAUGAUUAUCAAAUUUCGCACAGAUGCCUCAGUAGAAAAGAAAGGUUUUAGAGCCAGUUGGAAGACAGAACCUGUUAGAUGUGGAGGUGAGCUUUUUGCCCUACCAUCUGCUCAAGUUCUUACUUCAGCCACAUAUCCACAACCAUACCCUGGUGGGCUCGAGUGUUUGUAUGUGUUAACCGCACCAGCAGGGAAAAUCCUGACACUUGAGGUGAUAGAUAUUGAUUUGGAGCCUAAUAAAGAUUUUAUUCACAUACGAGAUGGUCCUAGCCCGUCGGAUCCUUUGCUUGCCAAAAUGAGUGGUGGUGUUGAAGAUAAUCCAAAAUUUCUUCUUUCUACAACAAAUCGUGUAUACAUGUAUUUUCAUUCUAGUUUUGGAGACAGCCGAAGAGGAUUUGCCAUACGUUUCAGAGCAGGAUGUGAACUUGAAGAAGUUGCAUUAGCCGGAAAUUUGUCAUCUCCCGCUUUUGGAAUUUCGAAAUACCCUCCUAAUCAAAUAUGUACAUACCGAAUCAGUCUGCUUGGUGGGGGACCAGUAUCAUUAAGAUUUAAUGACUUUCAAGUGGCUGCUGAUGAUUAUGUUCAGGUGUUUGAUGGUGUGAGCAGAGAAAGUGGUGUACCACUCCAUCCAGGAAGUGGAUUUAGUGGAUUAUCAAAACCGUCUAUCACAAUGACUGCCAGCAGUGGAAAUCUUCUUGUACUGUUUGUUAGUAAUCCAGUCAAUAUUGAGAAAGGUUGGAGGGCUAGUUUCAGUGCAGAUUGCCCUCAAAUAUCUGUCGGUACUGGUGCUAUAGCAUCUAGCAGAGAAAGAACAUUUGGAGCAAAGAUAAGGUAUUCUUGCCCUGCUGGUCAGGAGUUUAGUACUGGUGUUACUGAAAUUGAGAUAGAAUGUAUGCAAAGUGGACAGUGGAGCCUUCCUCAUAUCCCUAGAUGUCAAGAACGUUAUUGUGGUCCAGUUCCUCAGAUUGACAAUGGCUUUGCAGUUGCUGCAACUAAUGUUACCUAUCGAGGAGUUGCUACUUAUCAGUGCUAUGCUGGAUUCGCCUUCCCGAGUGGUUUACCAACUGAAGCUAUUCGCUGUUCAGAAGAUGGACGCUGGGAGAAAUUGCCUGUUUGUCUAGCAUCCUCUUGCCCCCCACUCACUGAAACUCCUCAUGCGACUCAAGUUGUAUUGAAUGGUGGCGGUAGAAGCUAUGGAACGGUUAUUCGAUUUGAAUGCGAACCUGGUUACUUCAGAAUUGGUGCUCCUGUUAUAUUGUGUAUGAGUGAUGGACAAUGGUCUACACCUCCUCCUCAGUGCGAAAGAGCACAGUGCCCAAUUCUUCCUGAAAUUGAAAAUGGAUUUGUUGUUGAACCCCAAAAGAACUUUUUAUUUGGUGAUAUUGCUAAAAUUCAGUGUCACCGAGGUUAUAGACUUGAAGGCAGCCCAGUCAUAACAUGUGGUCCAGAUCAAAAUUUUACUAAUGUUCCAUCUUGUAUAGAUGUCAAUGAAUGUUCUGCUUCAACUUGUGAUGCUGCAUCAACUGUGUGUACAAACACUGCUGGAGGAUUUUUCUGCAAAUGCAAGGAGGGUUUUGAGCCAAAUUUUGACUGUAGACCAGUUGGAGAUUUAGGACUUAGUUCUGGCAUUAUACCCGAUACAAAUAUCAAAGUUUCUGGAGUAGAAGCUGGUUAUGGAAAAAAUAUGGUGAGACUUGAUAGUGGUAUCGGAUGGUGCGGAAAUGUCCCUAGACCUGGUCAUAACUGGGUACAAAUUGACCUCCGUGCACCAACAGUUAUAAGGGGAUUUCGAAUUCAGUCUGUUAUUCGAUCAGAUGGAUCUAUGGCCUAUCCCAUCAGUUUGAGAAUACAUUUCACGGAUGAUCUCACAGAUGCAUUUAAAGUUUAUAGCGAUUCAUCUGGAAGGCCCAUUCAAUUCAGACCAACUCCUGAUGGUAGGACAGGACUAUCAGUGGUCACCCUCCAACAGCCACUUGAAGCACGAUAUGUCAGAAUUGUAAUAAUGGAAUAUGUCGUUGCCCCAUGCUUGAAAUUAGAACUCAUGGGUUGCUCAAGACAAGAUUGUGUUGAUAUCAAUGAAUGCAUGGAAAAAAAUGGUGGUUGCGAUCAAAGAUGUAUUAACAGCCCAGGAAGUUUCAAUUGCCUUUGUAAUGUUGGAUUUGAUUUAUAUACUGAAAAUGGUACUGCUGGUUUUAAUGUACCACAAAGUGAGACUGGUUUGAAAGAUGAUGAUGUGUAUAGAAUAAACAAGACUUGUGUUCCUAAAAUGUGCCCUGCACUUAAUGCUCCAGAAAAUGGUGUUAUAUUAUCAACAAAAUCUAUGUUCCAUUAUGGAGAUGUAGUUAGCUUCUUAUGUGACUUUGCUUUUGUGAUGGUUGGCAAUCCCACUAUACUUUGUACGAGCAAUGGUGUUUGGAACGGAAGUGUCCCUUCUUGUGAAUAUGCUCACUGUGACAGAUUGCCAGAUGAUCCUUCUCAAGGUUUACUGUUUGAAUCAGAAUCUGAGGGAAAAUAUAUUCCUUUCUUUGAAAAUGUAACAGUUUCGUGCCAUGAAGUUGGAAAGCCUUUGCGAGCAACUGCAACUUCAGGAUUCAGGCAGUGUGUAUUUGAUCCUCAUGAUGGAAUGCCAGCACAUUGGCUUUCUGGAGCUCGACCAUCAUGCCCUAGAAUUGACUGUGGUCCACCUCCGGAAACACCUGGAUCAACUUAUGGUUUUUAUGCAGAUACUAGAUAUAAAGCAAGCUUUUUCUUUGGCUGUGAAGAAACAUUCACUUUAGCUGGAAAAACUUCGCUAAAUGAUAAUGUAAUUCGAUGUCAAGAAGAUGGAACUUGGGAUUUUGGAGAUUUAAGAUGUGAAGGGCCUGUUUGUGAAGAUCCUGGUCAUGCCCCAGAUGGUCAGCAGAUUGCUAUUAGUUAUGAGCAAGGGACAGAAGUUCAGUUCUCUUGUCUUCGUCCUGGCUAUGAGCCAUACAGCAGUGAACCUAUUAAGUGUGAUAAAAAUGCUGAAUGCAAAGUUAUUAAACCAAUUGGGCUCAGCACUGGUGCUAUACCUGACUCUGCAAUUAAUGCAACCUCACAGAGACUAAAUUAUGAAGCUCGAAAUAUAAGACUCAAUAGUGCUACUGGAUGGUGUGGCAAGACAGAACCUUUUACUUAUGUUACUGUUGAUCUCGGACGUACAUUUAUCAUAACUGCUCUUUUGAUCAAGGGUGUUGUUACAAAUGAUGUAGUUGGUCGACCUACAGAGAUACGAUUUUUUUACAAAGUACAAGAGGCCGAGAAUUUUGUUGUUUAUUUUCCUAAUUUCAACCUAACUGGCAAGGAUGACAAUUUUGGAGCUCUUUCUGUGAUAAAUCUGCCUUUGAGUGUUCGAGCUCGUUAUGUUAUUCUAGGAAUUGUAUCAUAUAGCAGAAAUCCAUGCUUAAAAUUUGAACUUUUGGGUUGUGAAGAACCAAAGCAACCAAUACUUCUAGGAUAUAAUGCGGGAUAUCCUUUAUGUAUAGAUACGGAACCUCCACAGUUUAUCAACUGCCCCACAAGGCCAGUUGUAGUGAGUCGGUCUUUAUCUGGAAUACUCCCUGUCAAUUUUUCUGUGCCUGUAGCAGUGGAUAAUUCUGGAUACAUUGCAAGAUUUGAAGUACAUCCUCUUGGUUUCACAUUGCCUGCUAUUGUUGUUGAAGAUAUGAGUAUUGAAUAUAUAGCUCAUGAUUCAGAUGGGAAUUUUGCAGUCUGUGUUGUUAACAUUACUGUCCCAGAUUAUACACCUCCAUUCUUAAGCUGUCCUCAGUCAUAUGUUAUUGAGCUUGUGGAGCAACAAGAUAGUUAUGCUGUGAAUUUCAAUGAUACUCGUCGUCUGAUAAAUGCAACAGAUGCAUCGGGCCCUGUCACAAUCACUUUGACUCCUGAGACUGCCAUAAUUCCUCUCUGGGAUUUCCGUAAUGUCACCGUUGUGGCAACUGAUAUACAUGGCAAUCAAGCUUUCUGUCAUUUUCAAGUUGCAGUUCAGCCUGCAAUGUGUGUUGCAUGGUCUCUCGAAGCUCCAGCUAAUGGUAUCGUUAACUGUCUCCCAGAUGAUGAAAGAAAUGGAUAUCGAUGUUUAGCAACUUGCAACACAGGAUUCCGGUUUACAGAUGGUGAUCAGGCGAAGACAUUUUCAUGUGUAGCUGGACAACCAUGGGCACCUACAAGUAUUGUUCCAGACUGCGUACCAGAAGAUACAAACCAAGCAUUUUAUGAUGUAAUGGCCACAGUGGACUAUACAGCUGAUGGCCCAGUUUCACCUUCUUGUUUGAGUCAGUAUAUUGGUUAUCUCGGAUUACACUAUAGUUCUCUGAAUCAAGUAUUAUCAGAAAGGUGUUCUGCUAUCAAUGUAAAAAUGGAGAUCACAUUCCACAAUACGUCAGUCAGAGUUAAAGCUGAUAAUGAGGUUGUCAUAGGCUACACAAUACGUAUUGAUCCUGUAGUUCGCCAGACAUUACUCUAUGAUCUUUGUGGAUCCACUCUAGGACUUAUAUUUGAUCUUAGUGUGCCAAGUACUUCUGCUAUAAUAGAACCAAUUUUGAAUGUAUCAUCUCAAAGUAUAUCCAGUCAAUGUCCAAGUUUGCAAGCUAUUCGAUCUCACGUGACACGAGGUUUUGCUUGUGACGAAGGUGAAGUGUUAAAUUCACUGGGCGAGAGUCAAGUGCCUAGGUGCUUGCAUUGCCCAGCAGGAACACAUGCUUCUAAAACAAAUGAAUGCAUUGUAUGUCCAAGGGGAUUUUACCAGGAUCUAGUACGUCAAGGUUCUUGUAAACGUUGUCCUGAUUCUAUGUACACCAGACAAGAAGGCAGCAAAAGUCGGAAUGAUUGCAUACCUGUUUGUGGUUAUGGGACAUACUCUCCAACUGGUCUAGUUCCUUGUUUGCAGUGUCCAAGUAAUACUUUCAGUUCCUUACCCCCAAGAGAUGGUUUCAAAGAAUGCCAAAGAUGUCCUGCUAAUACAGUUACAUAUGUCCCUGGCUCUAAGCUUCUUGAUGACUGCAGAGCACAAUGUCCACCAGGAACUUAUUCUGAAACUGGUCUGGAACCAUGUGCUCCUUGUCCAACUAACUAUUUCCAGCCAUUGGAAGGCCAGACAUCUUGCAUGGAAUGCGCUGCAAACCACCGAACUUUAAGACCUGGAGCAUUGAGUCCAGAAGCUUGCAUUUCAGUUCAAUGCAAUGCUCAAGCAUGUCAGAAUGGAGGAGUAUGCUUAGUGCAACUGCAUGAACCAAAAUGUUACUGCCCUGCUGGAUUUACUGGACAAUUCUGUGAAAUUGACAUAGAUGAAUGUGCCAGCAGACCGUGCUAUAAUGGUGGAACUUGCAUUGACCUUCCUCAAGGUUAUAGGUGUCUCUGCCCGAUAGGUUACAGUGGCCUGCAGUGCCAAAUGGAGCAGUCAGAAUGCCGCAAUGGCUCUUGCCCAGAAAGAGCCAUGUGUCAAGAUUUACCUGGUUUAGGAACAAUUAAUUGUUUGUGCCGUUCUGGUUAUGAAGGACCUGCAUGCAACAUCACCAUCAAUCCUUGCACAUCUGGUGAAAACCCAUGCUUUGGAGGGGCAACUUGUAAGCCGUUACAGCAAGGAAGAUAUAAGUGCAUCUGCCCUCCAGGUCUCACUGGACCAACUUGUGAAAUAAACAUAGAUGACUGCGCUGAACAACCCUGCCUUCUUGGAGCGAACUGCACCGAUCUACUAAAUGACUUUUCAUGUGACUGUCCUCCAGGAUUUGGUGGUAAACGAUGCCAAAUGAAGUACAAUUUGUGUGCCUAUGAUCCUUGUUUAAAUGGAAUUUGUGUGGAUCACUUAUUCUAUUAUAGUUGUAUCUGCCAUCCAGGUUGGGCCGGACCAUCCUGUGAAAUUAAUAUAGAUGAGUGCAGCAGCAAUCCAUGUUCGAAUGGUGGACUUUGUGUUGACCAAAUUGAUGGCUUUAAGUGCCAAUGUGAACCUGGAUUUACAGGAUCAAGGUGCCAACAUCCUAUUGAUGCUUGUGAAGCUAAGCCGUGCCAGAAUGGUGGCACUUGUUUCGAUCUUAUAAAUGGUUUUGCAUGCCAAUGCAGACCAGGGUAUGUUGGACUGCAAUGUGAAGCUGAAGUAGAUGAGUGCAUAAGCAGUCCCUGUAAUCCAAGUGGCACUGAGAGGUGCAUUGACUUAGAUAAUUCUUUCCAAUGCAUGUGUAAUCCUGGCUUCACUGGGGAGCUAUGUGAGUUUAAUAUCAAUGAAUGCAGUUCAAGCCCUUGUCUUAACAAUGGUAUUUGUACUGACACUGUGAAUGGAUUUAGAUGCCAGUGUCCUCAGGGAUGGACAGGAGAGCGUUGUGAAGUAGAUAUUGGUGGCUGCAGCAGUGACCCAUGUCUAAAUAAUGCCAAAUGUAUUGAUCUCUUCCAAGACUACUUCUGUGUAUGCCCAUCCGGCACUGAUGGUAAACGCUGUCAGACGUCACCUGAACGGUGCAUUGGUACACCUUGCAUGCACGGUGGCAUAUGCAAUGAUUAUGGAAGUGGACUCAAUUGUUCCUGUCCUGCAGAAUAUACUGGAUUAGGUUGCCAACUAGAUUAUGAUGCCUGUGAAGAAAAUAUUUGCCAAAAUGGUGCAACUUGUGAGGAUAUGGGAGAACAGUUCAGAUGUAUUUGUCCUCCUGGAUUUACAGGUCCUCUCUGUGAAGAUGACAUUCCAGACUGCCUUCCUAAUUCUUGUCCACCAACUGCCCAGUGCAUUGACCUUACUAAUGCUUUCUACUGCAAAUGUCCUUUUAAUUUUACUGGAGAAGAUUGCAGAAAACCUAUAAGCAUUGAUUAUGAUCUCUACAUCAAUGAUGAAAGUAAAUCUUCCAGUGUUGCUCUAGCAGCUCCAUUUGAUUUAGGAACUUCUAGCCUCUCUGUUGCUAUGUGGAUACAGUUUAAUAGUCAUGAAUCAUCAGGCGUGUUCUUUACUUUAUACAGUGUGGAGUCAUUACAUCUGCCUGUUGGGAAAAAGAUUCUUUUGCAAGCAGAUCAAGCUGGUGUCCUUAUUGCUCUGUUUUCAGACAGUGUUCCAGAUACUUUUAUACCAUAUCUUAAAAAUGUACCCAUUAAUGAUGGCCAAUGGCAUCAUAUAGUGGUCAUGUGGAGUGGUGAGACUGGAACAGUUUCUUUGAUUACUGAUGCUGCUGUAGCUGGCACAAUAACAGGAUAUGGAGAAAAUCUGUACUUACCUGAACAUGCAUGGGUAAAUCUUGGAUCGCCACUAGAUGAACAGAACAGAGCCACUGCAUCUGCUGGUUUCCAUGGUCGAAUCAGUAGAGUAAAUAUAUGGAACAGACUUUUGGAUGUUUCGUAUGAAAUACCAACACAGUUCCGCAGUUGUAAGAGUGCACCUGUUCUUUACAAUGGACUCUUACUGAGAUGGACUGGAUAUGACCGUGUUGAUGGCACAAUAGAGCGUGAAGGACCAGGUACCUGCGGAGAAUAUAUCUGCCCUGUAGGCUUUACAGGAGAUGCUUGUGUGAUUCAGACCCAAGAUAAACUUCCACCAAAACCUUUAGAGUGUCCUCAAGAUAUAUGGAUUGUGACUCCUAAUAACAGUGCUCAAGUGACUUGGAAAGAACCUCCUUUUAUUGAUUCAAUGCAUACAUUGUAUGUUAUGGAACAUAGGGGAUUGACACCAGGUCAGACUUUGAGCCGAGGAAUUCAUCAGCUGUCAUACAUUGCUAAAGAUGCUGAAGGAAAUACAGCUAAAUGUGACUUUAAAAUCCACAUUUUAAAGGAAUUUUGUCCUUUGCCUCCACCUCCAGUGAACGGACAAAGACACUGUUCUGAUUGGGGGCCAAAUGGCCGAUUCAAGGUAUGCACCAUAACAUGCAAUUCAGAUUUGGAGUUUUCUCAGCCUGUUGCUAAAUUUUACACUUGUGGCGCUGAAGGCAUUUGGCAUCCACCAUCUGGUCAUGGUUCAAAUCUAGUAUUUCCAGCUUGCUCAGCCAAAAAACCUGCACAGAAAAUAUUCAGAAUUAGUAUGAAUUUCCCAUCCUCUGUGGUAUGUUCAGAAUCUGGCAAAAAGAUCUUGAAGUCUAGAAUCGAAAAUAACUUAAUCCGAGUAAAUCGGGAAUGGAGAAUUUGUACAGACAAUAUACCUGGUGUUUGCAAUGGUCUCAAAGUUAAAGUACACUGUAGCAAGCAAGCUCAAAUCAAGAGACAAUUGGAUAAUAAUGAGCUGUAUAUAGUUGAAAUUUCGUUUCCUGCAAAUAAGGAUCCUGUUGUCAACAUUAAUACACAGCAGCAGUCUUCCAUCCAAAAAGUUCUUGAGUCAGCAAUUUUGCAGAAUCAGGCAUUUGAUAUUCAUGAUACUUUGCCCAAUGUGCUACCAGAUUUAACAUCUCUUGAUAUGGUUACUGAUUACUCAUGUCCAGCUGGUCAAGUUGUUGUAGCUCCUUAUUGUGUUGAAUGUGGGCUUGGAACAUAUUAUGACAAUUCAAGUAAAGCCUGUUUAUCAUGUCCUGUGGGUACUUAUCAAGAUGGAACAGGGCAUUUAACUUGUAAAGCAUGUCCAAUAAUAGGGGAAAAACAAGGUAUAACAGAAACUGUUGGUGCUAGAUCUAGUGAUGAAUGCAAAGAACGUUGUUCUCCUGGAAUGUAUUAUGAUGACGUCGCUAACCUCUGCCGGCCUUGUGGUCAUGGUUUCUACCAGCCAAAUAAAGGUGCUUUUAGUUGUAUAUCUUGUGGAUCUGAUUUAACAACUAAGAGUAACAAAGCUGUGUCACCUCAAGAGUGCAGAGAGGAAUGUGCCGCUGGCUUUCAAUUAACUAAAGAAGGAAACUGUGAACCAUGCAUGCGAGGUUAUUUCAGACCGAAAGGUACUCCAUCUUGUGUAAAAUGCCCUCCGAGGCGUACAACUCCUUCCAUUAGUGCCAAAUCAGAAGCUGAGUGUUCUGAAGAAUUAUGUAGUCCUGGCUUUUAUAUGGACAGCAGUAGGCACUGCGUGGAGUGUCCGAAAGGAAGUUAUAUGGAUCAUGAACAGCAGGAAUCGGAGUGCAGACCCUGUCCGCAAGAUACAACCACAGCUGCUAAUGGAUCAACAUCAGAAUUAGACUGCACAAAUCCUUGUCUGGUAGAUGGCCAGAUGCGCCUUUGCCAAGCGAAUGCAUUCUGUGUAUUUAGAGAAGAUAUCGAUUCCUUUGCUUGUGAAUGCCAACCAAAGUAUCGUUUAGAAAACAGGACAGGCGAGUGUGUCUCUGUAUGUGAAAGUUAUUGUGUAAACGGAGGAACCUGUGAAGUGAAUCCAGAAACACAUGAACCUACCUGCCACUGUGUUACAAAUUUCCACGGAAACAGAUGUGAAAGCAAAGCUGAGUUUGUAUAUAUUGCGGGUGGAAUAGCUGGUGCAGUUAUAUUCAUUAUUCUUCUAGUACUUCUCAUUUGGAUGAUAUGUGUGAGAUCUACAGCACGAAAAAAUCUACCUAAAAAAAUGCCAGAACCAGCUAUGGAUCUUAGCAGUUCACAGACAAAUUUCUAUUAUGGGGCUCCAGCACCAUAUGCUGAAAGUAUAGCACCAUCGCAUCACAGUACUUAUGCUCAUUAUUAUGAUGACGAUGACGAUGGCUGGGAAAUGCCCAAUUUCUACAAUGAGACGUAUAUGAAAGACAGCUUACAUCAUGGUAAAGGCAAUAGUCUAGCACGCAGCAAUGCAUCCAUCUAUGGAAACAAGGAGGAUUUGUACGAUAGAUUAAGGCGGCAUCAAUAUCAGGGCAAAAAAAGAUAGUGACAGUGAAGAUCAAGGCUAAUAAUUUAUGUUAUAAAUAUAUGAACUUAAGUAACAACAUUUAAUACCAUAUUUUCUCCAAGCAAGAGACUGGCCACAGAAAUGAACAGCUCAAGCACACUGCCAAAGUGACUUGGAACUUGGGUGUAAAGAAAUACUAGUAUAGGGAACUAAAAAUGAUGUAUUUUUUGUAAAGAUAGAAAUAUUUUUAUAUACAUAAUUUUCUAUUUAUUUCAAUAUUUAUUUGCCAGUUUGAAAUGCCUGCCAUUUGAAUGAAUUUGCCUUUUGUUUUUAUAACCCAGAUAAUUUAGUUAAAUUUGACUAGUUCAAAAUAGUGUUUGUAAACUGCUCUUGUAAACACAGUGAUGAUUAUUUAAGAUAUGUGUUUACAGGAAAUGCAGUUUACAAAAAUGUGAUUUAAUAUCAUUUACUAUUUAUUGUAUAUAGUUAAUCAUCAUCAUCAUCUCAUCAGUUUAUCAUCCACAGGAGGACUUAUUAAAGGCAUGAUUUUCAUUUACAGGCAAUGGUUAUUUUUGAAAUACAAUUUUAUUUCUGUCUUAAGUUUUAUUGGUGAACUUAAUAUUUUUAGAAUCAAGUUAAUUUAAGAAAAGCAGAACAGAAAAUUAAUUCUGAAGACAAACGUUAAGAAAGAUGCUCAAAUUUUAAGAUAUUUAGUUAACAUCAGCUUUUAGAGUGAUUACACAAUUAAAGCUAGUCAUUAUAUGCUUCUGUACCCAAAGUUCAGUUUCAUAUCCUCAUACUUAUAUAACCAGAUGUUUAUUAAUUUCUUUUGUAAUUAAAUGUUCAACAAUUUGAAAUACUGUUAUAAAUAGAAGGCUGUAUUAUGUUAAUUGGCAAUUAUUCAAUUUGUGGGAUAUUCAUAAAAUAAAAUGUUUAUAACUGA